GUGUGCUGUGACGUAGCUUCCCAAUUGCACUUUACUCAUCAAGUUCCCUCUCAGCGUUAAGUCACUCAGGUUUCUGAGCUCCAGGCUCUGGCUGGAUGAACAUGGCUGGUGAUUCAGAUCGCAUCAUGACUGCUGUCUUUGAUGACAAGGAUUUGUUGGAAUUGUUCGGGGAUGACUUUGAAAAUUUCACUGGCACGCCACCCACAGACGAACAUUACUAUAGUCCCUGUAGGAUAGACACUGAGUCACUCAACAAGUAUGCCGUAGUUGUCAUCUAUGCCCUGGUCUUCCUGCUAAGCCUACUGGGAAACUCCCUGGUGAUGCUGGAUUUAUACAGCCGGGUCGGCCGCUCUGUCACUGAUGUCUACCUGCUGAACCUGGCCAUGGCUGACCUGCUCUUUGCCCUGACCUUGCCUAUCUGGGCCACCUCCAAGGCAAAGGGCUGGAUCUUUGGCACCCCUCUGUGCAAGGUGGUCUCGCUCCUGAAGGAAGUCAACUUCUACAGCGGUAUUCUACUGCUGGCUUGCAUCAGCGUGGACCGCUACCUAGCCAUCGUCCACGCCACACGCACGCUGACCCAGAAGCGCCACUGGGUCAAGUUCAUAUGCACAGGCAUCUGGGCCCUGUCCUUGGUCCUGGCCCUGCCCAUCUUCAUCUUCCGUGAAGCCUACCAUCCACCCUACUCCAGCCCCGUCUGCUACGAGGAUCUGGGCGCCAAUACAACAAAGUGGCGGAUGGUGAUGCGGGUCCUGCCCCAGACCUUUGGCUUCCUCCUGCCCCUGCUGGUCAUGCUGUUCUGCUACGGACUCACCCUGCGCACCCUGUUUGCCGCCCACAUGGGGCAGAAGCACCGGGCCAUGCGCGUCAUCUUUGCCGUCGUGCUCGUCUUCCUGCUCUGCUGGCUGCCCUACAACCUGGUCCUGGUGGCAGACACCCUCAUGAGGGCCCGGGUGAUCGCUGAGACCUGUGAGCGCCGCAACGACAUCGGCCGGGCCCUGGAUGCCACUGAGAUCCUGGGCUUCCUGCACAGCUGCCUCAAUCCUCUCAUCUACGUCUUCAUUGGCCAGAAGUUUCGCCAUGGGCUCCUCAAGAUCAUGGCCAUCCACGGCCUGAUCAGCAAGGAGUACUUGGUCAAGGACGGCAGGCCUUCCUUCGUUGGCUCUUCUUCAGGGAACACUUCUACCACCCUCUAAGGCCCCCACGCGGGACUCCUCCCUUCCCCUCGGUGUCCAUUCUGAGCCAGCCUCGUGUCCUCUGGCUGUUCACAGCCCUGGGUCAAGGCAGCCCCCCACUGUGGUUACAGGAAGUUGCUGAGGCCACUUCCUUGGCAGGCCCCCACCUUCUGGUGGAGAGAGCCUGCCCUGGCCCCCAGCCCUUACCGUAAUUACCUUGUCAACUGCUAGAGCUCAGUCCACCCGACUCUACCAUUGAGCCCACAGCCCUCUGUCUUCUGGCAGACGUUCUUUGAAGGUGUUCUUGAAGCGAUUACAGAGAGUUCCCACCAUUGGGAGCCAUCAGUCUCAAACACUGCGAGUUCCUUCCCCAACUCUCCCUUUCCUUGCCUCCUGGCAAAGUCUACCUCCCUUGAGAGAGGCUGAGAAGGACAGACACUCACUUUCUAAGCCUCUCUUAAGCUAUGAGUGGCCCUAUCCCCUGGUUCUGAUUAAUAAGACUGAGGGGCACUAGUGUGCUGGUAAGCCAUUCUCCUAGGGAAAAAGUCUUGAUUUGUAGGAUUUGCCAUGCUCUGUGGUAUAAAUAAAUGCUCCCUCUAUGGUUGAUUUCAAGGGUGGUGAUGUUUAGCAACCAGCUCAAAAAACCUAGAAAAUGUGAUAAUCUCUUUCACAAGCACUAGAGGAAAUAUAAUGGGGCCAGGGGACUCCUGGGAAAUAUUCUUGACUUGGAAGAGAGAGAGACACACAAAUAUAGGUACAUAUCCUUGGUUCUUGCCUUUGAAUAUGGUUAUAGGACAUGAUGUGUGCUGCUGAGGCAGCCACUUUCCGAUAAUGAGGCAAAAAUUAUGCUUAACACACUUCGGCUGAUGGAGCCAAAGGAUAAAAAGAACCUGAGAAUAAAUAGCUCAGAAAUAAACUUAAGAGUAAAUGAUUAAAUGAUUUUCAGCAAGGAUAACAAGUCUAUGCAGUUGAAAAAGGAUAGUCUUUCCCCAAAUUGUGCUGGGAAAAUUAGAUAGCCAUAUGCACAAGAAUGAAAUUGGACCCUUAUCUUAUACCGUAUACAAAAGUUAACUCAGAAUGCAUUGGAGACCUAAACAGAAGAGUUAAAAUGGCAAAACUCUUUUAAAAAAAUCCCAACGAAAUAACAACAAAAGGAAAAAGCUUCAUUUGGUUUGAGGUUGGGAAUGGAGUAAGGCUCAGAGAUGGGAUUUAGAUCAACAGUAAGAUUGGGAUCAAGGGUUAGGUUGGAGUCAGAGAGGAAGUAUAGGAGAGCUGAGGAUGGGAUGACAGCUUGUGAUAAGGCAGAUGGUCAGAGACAGAUGAAUUUCAGGAAAAGGGAGAGAUCCAGAAAUAGAUCGAGGCUAGGGAUGGGAUGAGUGAGAUUCAGGGAGGCUGGAAAUGGGCUUAGGAGCAGGUAUGGUUGGGAAGGGGAUGAAUGUGGGGUGUGGGAAGGGUGUUAGAAAUGGCAUGAGUGUCAGGGAUGGGUUGGCGGCUGCAAUAGUGACCACUAUUGUUUAGUCUAGUUAGUGGCUGGAAGAAAAGGCAUCACUAGUAGUGUCACCAUCCUCUCUGGAGCAUUGCCUAAGAUGCUCUUCCAGGGGCCAGGAUGGUGACAUCAUGGCCUGUCCAGCUUGAGACUCUAUGAGUAGGUUGGUGAAGAAGGAGUUAGGGGCUCAAGCCCUAAGAGGUCCAUCUGAUUCAGGAGGAGAAGACAGAAGAAUGUAGGAAGAAUCUGGGGAGAGAUUCUGGGAACCUAGUCUGAGAACCUUCCUUUCCUCUCCCUCCCUCCCUUACUCCCUUCUCCACCUCUCCUACUGUAUAACUCAGUGCACAUCUUCCUUCAUCCUCUGUUGCCCCUAAAAACAACUCCAUCAAGUAAAUAAGGAUCCAUACUGGGUCUGGCGAAAUACAAAUGAUGAAUACACAUCUGAAAAGAUGCUUGGUCUCACUAGUAACCUGUGAAGUGGGAAUCACACAGCAAUUAAUAACUUGGGAGACUUUUAAACAGAGAAGAACUCUUUUCAAACAAGUGCAACACAGUUUAGUUAGAUUCUUUUUUUAAUGCAGUGUAUAAUUCUCUGGGUAUAGCUCAAUGAUUUGGACUUCAGAUCUGUGAAAAUGCCAGGGUUUGGUACUGAAAUAAUAGGUGUAUGAAAAUAUCAAAAACUGGUGUUCCAAUCACCAGAUAUAGUAAAGAUUCGACAUCUGGUCAAGGUCAGGGAGAUUGUUUACCUCACGGAAGAGCUCCACGUGCAGGAUGAGGCUGGGAUCAGGUAUGGGGCGCAUCUUAGGAGAGGAAUAGCGGAGGAUCAGAGAGGGGAGAGAAUUAGGGAAGGAAUUGGGUUAGGGAUGGGGUAAACUUCAAGAGUUGGAUGGGGGACAGAAAGAGGGGUGCUACUCUAAGUUCUGCACAAUGGCCUGCUGAUUUUAAAUUUUGAAAAUUUGUCUUCUGGGCUGUUAAAAUGUUCCAGUCUCCAAGUUAUUGUAUUGAAUUAUACUAUAUCCCUCUAUACUGUUCCCCUUCUGACCAACCCCAGACCCCUCACCCCCUCUUACCUCCCUAUCCAGUGGCCCAUUCUUACUGGUUCCAGCAAAAAUAUUAAUGGUAAUCUGUGUUUUAUUCCAUAGGGGUUUAAGAUUGCCCCUUUCCCAGCAACUUGUAUUUUAAUUAGGGUCUUUCAGAGACUAAAAAUUCUCAUAGAUGCAGAUGAAAUAAAAUGACCAUCACCUCUUUGGUCUAAGGGUCUUCCCAGAGAUGUCGUUCUAGACAUGACCUCUAACCAAGAGAUGGUGAAGAAGUACAGGCAUGACUUGGAGAUGUUGUGUGUUUGCUUCCAGAUGACUGCAAUAAAGCAAAUAUGGAGAUAAAGCCAGUUGCCUGAAUUCUUCUGGCUUCCCAGUGUGCAUAAAAAGUUAUAUUUACUCUACACUGCAGUCUGCACUAGGGUUGUGUCUAAAAAUUGUACAUUCCUUGGAGUUCCUGCUGUGACAGUGGGUUAAGAACCUGACCACAGCAGCUCAGGUUGGCAGCUCAGCCUGGCACAGUGACUUAAAGGAUGGGGCACAUGUUGCAGCUGGGGUUUGUACUCAAUCCCUGGCCCCGGAACUUCCAAAUGCUUCAGGUGCAGCCGUAAAAUUUUUUAAAAGCCCAUUAAUUAAAAAAUACUCAAAAAUACUUUAAUUUUUAAUUAAAAAAUACUUCAUUGCUAAAAAUACUAGCCAUCCUCUGAGCUUUCAGUGAUUCAUAAUCUCUUUGUACCAGUAGCAUCAAAGAUCACCAGUGAGCAAACAGUGUUGGAAAAAUUGCACCAGUAGACUUGCUUGAAGUUUGAAGCAAGGGUUGUCACAAACCUCCAGUUUGUAAAAAAAAAAAAAGAAGUAAAG